GGCCCUCGAGCUCGCAGCCCGCCAUUUGCGAGGGAAACCGGAGGGAGGAGGAAAACGGUGCGAAAAAAUUUAUCGGGCUCGAGUUGUCGUCCCGACCGCCGGAGAAAAUGAUGAAGAGGUGUGUGUCCCGCGGCCUUCAACUCCGAUGCCUCUCUCUCCGCAGAUUCGUCCGGUCAGGCUCCGCCCUUGCCGACGACCAACCUCUCCUCCGCUCACUCGCCUCCGCAGCCAAGCCCAGCGUCCCCGGUGCUGUUGAGCCGACAUCCAUCUUCGCUUCUUCCCCGCCGCGCUCCGUCCCCUUCGCCCUCUCCACGCUGGGCUCUCGGACCUAUUCUAGUGGUUCAAGUCCUUCAAAUAUUCAGUUAAUUAGCUCGGAAGAUGAAUUCAACCAGUCCCUCAAGAAGGUUCAAGAUAAUGGAUCGGCUGCGAUUUUCUACUUUACUGCCGUCUGGUGUGGGCCUUGCAAAUUCAUAGCUCCAAUCAUCGAAGAGCAGAGUAAGAAGUAUCCGCACGUGACCACUUACAAAAUUGACGUAGAUCAGGAGGGACUUGCAAAAAAAUUGAGUGAGUUAAGGAUCUUCUCUGUGCCAACUCUCCAUUUCUUUCAAAACGGUAAGAAGGUCAAUGAGGUCAUUGGUGCUGAUGUUGCUCGUUUGAAGGAAACCAUGGAGAAUUUAUACAGGCAGUAGAUUACGCUUGGCACAGGUUUUUGUAGCCGAGAACUGUAAUACAGAGAGAAUCUUUGUCGUUUUCUAUUAUGAUUUAGUUUAGUUUCUACUUGCUCGUUUAAGAGGAAAACUGUUGCUCAUUUCUCAAUCUGUGCUUGUCAUGUAAUUCCUCCAAUCUAUUUCCAAGUUUGUUACUUUGUGGUUGAAAAGCAUGGACCGAUCCA